CUCUCUUUCCGACGUGCCCAUCAAAAAACCGACGAGUGCGGUUUUUAUCCUGUUGAAAAGUUCAGAUUUGAAUGUUAUUUUGUGAUUCGUUUAAUUUGCUAUCUUAAUAAUAUCUUUCGAUAUAUAUUACAAUGUCUGCCUUGGUACAUGAGAAGAUUUGGUUGGACAAAAACAUCUAUGGUGAUGCUGAACGAAAUUAUUAUGAAUCAUUAUCAAAGGUCCAAGCUACACCACUUUCAGUAGCUCGCUCUUCUUUGGCCAGUGAAGUUGCUAAAGCUAGACAACAUAUUAAAGAUUCUUUAGAAUGUAUGGACAGUGUUGCUACCUUGGCUGGAGUUCCGAACACAGAAUUGACUAACAAAGUCAAUACUCUGGAGAAAGAAAACAGUGACCUGAAGAAAGCCAUCAAUGAUUUGCGAAAUUUGGUUAUUAGUCUUCAAGCUAGAGUAGAGACAUUGGAAUCAACAGGUGGUGGUGCCAAAACUGAAUCUUCCAAAGCCCCUGCACCCAGUGCACCAGCAGCUAAAGCUCAAGAAGAAGAUGAUGAUGAUGGUGUUGACUUAUUUGGAUCUGAUGAUGAAGAGGAGAGUGCAGAGGCUGCAAGAAUUAGAGAGGAACGUCUAGCAGCAUAUAAUGCCAAGAAAGCCAAAAAGCCUGUACUCAUUGCCAAAUCUAACAUCAUUUUGGAUGUAAAGCCUUGGGAUGAUGAAACUGAUAUGGCAGCUAUGGAAAAAGCAGUCAGAGAAAUAACAACUGAUGGCCUUUUGUGGGGAGCUGCUAAACUUGUACCUCUUGCAUAUGGAAUUAAGAAACUGCAAAUUUCAUGUGUUGUUGAAGAUGACAAAGUCUCUGUAGAUUGGCUAACUGAAGAGAUAGAAAAAUUUGAAGACUUUGUUCAAAGUGUUGACAUAGCUGCCUUCAACAAAGUGUAACAAGACUAAAAGAUUCAGUAACUUCUAAAUAAACUGAAGUAAUAAAUGUGCCUUUUUUCCAA